AUGUUAUACAAGAAAUUGACCACCACAACUACAAAUCAGCCUAUGGUUCAAAACGAGGUUCAAGUACUAUUGGAUAGUAUUUCCUACUUAGGCCACGUGCUUCAGAUGCUGAACAAUCGUAAACAGAUGCCUGUUUACGUUCAAAAUGGACACAUCAAUUCAACAGAAGACAAGAAACUGAUUGGGGAGCUGAUUAAGAAAGGGUUUCAAAUCAAUGAAGUAGAUUUAAGUUUUGUAGAAUCAAAUUCCCAGUCUACACAAGAGCAAGCCAUACAGGUAACAUUAUAUGACCACACACCAUUUUCGUGGGAUGAGGAGUCUAAGUUCAUAUCAUCUAAGACCGUUACUGUGUCAGUGGGAGAAGGCAAUACAACAAACUCAGCAAUACCAUCGAAAAUCAAACUUCAGAAUUCUGGUUUAGUACCAACAAGAAAAACUAUUAAAGUAGCCAUUCCAGUUGAUAAAAAUGAGAUCACUUCACAAAUGCUAGUGUACAAAAUGUACUGGAAGACACCUGCGGACAGCUUGAUAAUCAGUAUAAAUAGCCCAAUAAUCCAUCUCAAUCACACUAUUUACAUUCGGAAUACAGAACCUCCAACGGAAGACGAAUAUGACUGGAUGAAAGUUAUAGAAUCCAGCGACUGGUUAUCAACCAGCGAAAUUAAAGUAAUACUUGACGGUGGACUAUACACCGCCCCAACAAAUGUGUAUGUUGGAGUCUUUGUUCAAAAAGGUAUAUCUAUUUAA